AUGGCGGACUCCACGGCCAUGACCGUCGACUUCCUCCGCGCGCGGCUGCUCUCAGAGCGGUCCGUGUCCCGCGCCGCCAAGGAGCGCGCGGACGAGCUCGCCAAGAGGGUCGCGGAGCUGGAGGAGCAGGUCCGGGCGGUGACGGCGCAGAGGCGGCAGGCGGAGCGGGCGGCCGCCGAGGUGCUCGCCGUCCUGGAGUCCCAGGGCUUUGGCGGCCACCUCUCGGACGUGGCGGACGACUCUGGCCACGACAGCGGCGAGGAGGACGACGGCAAGAGGCGCGGUGACACGGCCGGCGCCACCGGGGAGGAGGGAGAGGAGGAGGAGCCAUCGGCAGCCAAGGGCGAGGCGGAGGACGCGCUGUCCGGGACGGCCCAGCCCGGCGGGCUUUCGUGGAAAGGCCGCAGCGUGAGCCCGCGCAAGGCCAGGCAGCUCAAGCAGAAGCACAGGCGGAGCUACUUCUACUUGCUCUCCUCCGAUCCCUCGCCCAAGUACCGAGUGGGGCAGUCGUGCCGCAAGAACAAGAGGCGGGUGGAGCUGAGCGAUGUCAUCAGGUCGGUGGCAACGCAAGAUGACGGCGGGGGCGGGGGGAGUCAGAAAUGUCGGCAAGACGGGUCGGAUAUUACGGACGAUGGCCAAGCUGACAUGGACGGCGAGGUGGGUGGCGAUGAGCGGAGUUCAGGGACCGGUGGUGGUGGCGGCCAGUACGUGAUCAGGUACGAGGAGGAUGGGGAGAUGGAGAGGGUGCUAGAGAGGCAGGCCGAGCUGAUAGGGCAGUACGAGGAAGAGGAGAAAGCUCAGAGGGAGUGGGAGAAGCAGUACAACGAGAACAGGAAUGCAAACAAGGGUGGCGUCGAGUUAAAGAAUAAGUCAUAUCAGAAAGAUGCAGCCGCUAAAUCAAAUGUGACAAAACUCCCCAUCACCAACAACCCGUCUGCUGAACGUCUGCCGAACGGUUCCCUUUCAGAAUCGCUCCAAAACGGUGCCCAGCGGCGUGAAGCAAACGAAGAGCCCGAUCAUGGUUGUGCGCAGACGUUUUCCAUUUCAGCACAAGAAAGCUCCAACAGCAGCACUGUCACAAGGCAAGAUCAAGACCGCGGAGGCCAAAUAUCUGACGGCGAUUCAGGCUACAGUACCAAUGCUCGGUCUCCUAAGCACGACGCCGUCAUCAGAGCACCAUCAGAUGGGAGCCCAUCGAGUGACACCCUCAACAGCAAGGUCACCGACUGGAGCUCGUCACAGUUCCAUGACUGCACAGACAGCCAGCUUGACACACAGUCGUCGUAUCCACCGCCGUCAUGCAGCAUUGCACACAUAGAGAGUGUCCUGCAGGCGCUUCAACGCGCCAGGAUAUCCCUGAGCGCCAGGCUGAGCAAGCCAGUUCCUCCCAGCCAGGUGACCCUGGCGCUCCCGGCGCCCGGAGAUGAGCACAGAGAGUACGACGACCUGCCGGCCAACGAUGACGACGAAGACUCGUAUGGUGAAAAGCUCAGCGGUUCAAGUCCAGCACUUCAGGAGAUGCUGGCGCUCCCGGCACCAGAGGAUUACCAUGAAAGGGACAGGGAGGAUUCGCUGCUGGACAACGCUGCCACUUCCCAUGUAGAGAAAUCAAGCAGCUCGAGCCCUCCUCGUGAGGAGAUGCUGGCACUCCCCGCGCCAGGAGACGAUUACCGCAAGGAGAUCGAGGAUUACAUGAAGAUCCCCGUCGGCACUCCCGGUCUAUUCCGGUUGCCCAUAGACUCGUUUCCAGCGGAUGAGAAAAUGUUCUCAGGUACUGCCUGUGGUUCAGGGUUUAGUCUGGGAGCAGCGGCUCGCCAUGCCACGAGCAUUUUGAGCAACCCUGCUGCUUCUUGUGGUGCCGCGACCGCGACAUCAGUUCCAUCGGUUCCCAGUGAUGGUUCUGGAUUCCCAUCAAGGCAGGGAAUUGAUCUUCAGGCCUCUCCACUUCUCUCGGUGCCUGCUUCUGGUAGGUGUAUCAGCAUGCCAACACCAGAUUUUGCAGUUGGGACUGGAAUUCCAGGACUUCAGGAUCUGAACAGGGGGAUGCCUCUUCCAGAUGCAGAUCUGUUCAUCCAGUGUGGUAUCGAUUGCACCAUCUCUAAUAAGUGGAUGUUGUAA